AUGGCUCAUGGUGUUCAGACUCUUGAGAAGAAGGUAUACGCCCUUGUCUCUCUGUCAAAAAGGAAAGCGUUUUGGGGGAUCGUUUCGGCGUAUUCAUCAACCGUCGCAUUCUUAUGGAAACCUCUCUUCUGGCCGUCGAAUAAUUAUGGGGUCAUUGGGUAUUAUUCACCAAGUUGGUUCAGUCUCUCUGUCUUCGAGACAGACCUGCUACUAGGUCCCAUUUCGCGAUCGGCCGUAGUCAGUUCUCCCCGCAUAGGCGACAGCAACUGUACUGCAUGUCAGACCAAGACAACGACCUCGAAGAAUAUCGAUAUCCCCGACAUCGAAAUCAUGCUGCAAAGGCAUUGUUCGACCCUUGUCAUCUGCUCCCCUCGCCCUCCUAAGGAUCCAAACCGGCCGGCCAACUCUCCGCUUCUUCUUACAGCGUUUAUCAAGAAAUGUAUCCAAGCUCUGGAUUACCCGAUUGGAGAAUGGAUCCAAUGGGCCCUUGUACCCGACGGAGACGAUGGCACAUCAGCGGCGUGGAGCCCCAAAAACACAGAACGACGUACCGCCACUUCUCGACGCAGGAUAGCGCCCGGGCCCGAAGAUUCGUGCAAUCCGAAUGGUGGAGGGGCCGUGGACGAACAACUGGGAGUUUAUGGGGUAGUCGGAUUGAGAGCCGCAGAUUCCUCUAUAUUUCCAAGAGUACUUGCAAGCGCCAGCUGUUCAGUGGCGGAGAAGUAUACGGUUCUGCCUUGA